CGUCCGUAAGCCACGGCGCGGUCGGGCCGCGCUCGCGGGUGCUCCAAUUUAUUGAACUGACGAUAUUAGUGUGAGAUCUGUUUUUUUGGAACAUGUGCUGUGUUUGAUAAAGAAGAUGACCGGUGAAAUUUGCUGCAGCCAAAAAUGGUAUGCGUUGAUUUGUGCGCGUAGCUGAAAGGAGAGAUGCACUUGCGUGCUCUACUCUCACUCGAACGGACAACCGCCGGCAUGAAGGGCCAACCGGUUUGGACGACGUCACCACCCGGGGAGCCGUUGGUGCGGGCCCCGGUGGGCAAGCCAAGAUGUCCGCCAGCCAUAUCUCGUCUCCGCGUGGAGAAGGUGGAAGGAGGCCUGGCGGUCGCUGGGGUCGUCGUCGCAGCCAACUGCCAGAUAGUUCUACCGAUAUUCGGAUUCCUGUUCAUGCUUGUAGGAUGUGUGUUAACUGCGGCAUCAUAUCGCGGUUGUGGUGAGAAUGAGGAGCCGGAUCACUAUGCUGCCCGGAUAGCAUUUACUGGAAACUCGCGAGUAUUGGGUCCUGUGUGCAUCGUGGCUGGAGCUAUCAUGACCAUUGCUGGUAUCGUGUUAUGCAUAUUGAUGCGAGCGGCACAACGUCGUCAGCGUAGGCUGGCGUUCCACUGUCCCAUUCACGGCGACUUCUACCCACUGAGCCCACAGAACAGCAGGAAAUAUUCGCCAGUUGUUCCUGCAGGCACGCCAGCAGGCAUGUGGCGUUGGAUGCGCAGCUGGCUGGGCCUGGUCGAGGAAGGUGAGGCUGCUCGCUGUCCAAGGUCUGCGGAGCCUGCGUCACCGGCACGAGCUGAUGCGCCGUGCCCCCCACCUUUACCUUUCUUAGUGCCGUCGGAUUCUGUUGUAGGCAUGGCAUCAGUUCUUGGAGCUCCUCUUAGUCCCGAGCAAACGUUCGGUUCCAUCAAAUCGCUCGCGAUAUCCAGGGAGGUCGCCAGCUUCCCGCUGUCGCGCUCACCGACACCGCCACCAUUGAGUUGUCCACCGUUCAAAGAGGAGUCCAAGGGUUCAGACGACAUACCGAAUGCAGUUAUAAUACGUCCAGACUUCGACUGCGGCUCGCCGACGUGCAACUACCGCGUCGUCGAGUGCAAGCUGACCACUACGGAGGAGAUACACCGCAGUGCCCCACACAAUAGUCUUCAUAGCGUGGACAACAGACCAAUAAGACCCAACACAGUUUCUAUAACGAUACCCGACGAAGGGAAGGGUUAACAAUCCGUUUUAGGCUAGACAAUUUUUUAAUUAAAUAUUGUUCAAAGUGAGCUGGAAUGCGCUAUUCGAAAUAUUUGGCGUAAGGGUUGGCGACGACCAAAUGGGCGUAUAUGUGUUUGUGUAAUGCCUAGUUUUAUGCUCAUUGUUGUUAGUAGUGAGCACAGACAGCCACGAUACGCCUAGUGUGGCCGCACCCUGACGAAAACGGUGUACAUAAAUUGUUUUAUAUAAGGAUCACAAUAUUAUUUCUUAACAUUCGUCUGCUCAAACGAUCACGAUUUGUCUUCCGCUGCUGCUCACUCGAUCAGCCACGAAAUUGAUCACUGUAAAGUUUUUACUGUCACCUUUGCUGCAUUUACGUUGGGUUGGUUUUUCAAUCUUGCAAUUAGUUCUUGGUGUGACGCAAAUAGGGUGUGAUAGCCAACUCAGGCUUGCGGACAGUUACAAAAGGACCAUUUUAUAUAUAGGUUCUACGGUUGAGUGUUAAAUCCUAGAUUAUAAUGAAUACCACACAGUCUAUGUUUAUUAGCAAUAUAUUGCGCCAAAUAUAGUAAGUGUAAUGAAUGAGAGAUUGAAUAAGAAUGUCUAUGUUAAAUGUUAUAUGAUGAAGUGAUUAUACGUUAUAUUAUUUUGCUUCCAUUUACUUUGAACUGAGCAGAGCAUUUCGUUCAUUUUACAUUGUGCAUGUUAGGUUUAACUCGUCCUAUUUAUGUGACACUUAGAAUUGUCUGAAGACGUCAAAAUAAUUUAUUACUGAAUUAUCAUACAAUUAGUAUGACGCAACCCAGAGGCCUCGAAACACGUAUGUAACUUCUACUUACGGAAUUAAUGUUUUUUCUUUGUUUUCAUUAUCGUCAUUAGAUUAUUGAACUAACAAUAGGUGCACGCCCACGUGCUUUAUCAUUGUCACUUAAUAAAAUAUUUAUUAAUUAAAAAUAGAAUAAUAAAAUGACAGGUAUGACUUCGAUUACCUAUUGUAAGACUAUAAUGUUCCUUCAGACAAGCUACAGUAGAUAUCACGUAAAUAGGACAUUCAUUAUAUCUCAUGAUUAUCCCAAUGAUCAUUGUGUCGGCAUUCUAGUCGUAUCGUUCUAUCUAUACUUUGUUGGUGUAAUUAUAUACCUUAUUCAUAUAAUAUGUACGCGGUAGAAGAAAUGUAUUGGCUCAGUAGGAUAAAACGUUCCUUAUAUUAAAUAAUAUUUGUAGGAAAUUGUCCAUUACAUUCGUUUACACGUAAUAUUAGUGUAAGUAUUAUUGUGUAAGAGUACAUACAAAACACAUGCCCUAGUUAUAGUCCCGAUUGUGAUAUUCUUUUAAUUUUUAACACUUUUUUGACUUGAAUGCAAAGGCAACGUUGUUGCGGCCGCAGAGAACAAAAGAAAGCAUGUUCAAAAUGCCUUCUUAUUUUAUCUGUGGUUUUUACCUAUAAACAAAAUAAUUUGAAAUCAUUUUGUAUAUAAAAUAUACAUAUAGGUUGUCCCUAUUUUGUUGAAUCAUAAAUCAUUGUUUUGGUGAAUGAGCCAAAAGGAAGAUGCCAAAAUAAAGUUCGUCGCGUCCAUGUCUCGUAUGUUGUUCGUUUCACACUCAAUAAAUUAAUUGUGCUCAGAAAAGACAAUUGAAUAAGAAGCAAGGAUGUAGAUAAAAGUCGUAGUCCACGUAUAUAUUAUAUAAUUUAGAAUUAUUGGUACGUAGGUCAAGUUAUAAGUUUGUGAUGAAGGCAUUCAUUGGCCAAGUUAUUCAAAAUUAUAUGGAAGGUAAUUUUUUAUAAUCCGUAGCUAAGUGCCACGCCUAAAUAAUCUAUUAUAAUAUUGUAUUGUAUACUUAAAUUAAGCUUAUUUAAUAUUGUUAUAAUUGUAAGGAUGAAAUGAAAAUACAAAUUUGAGUUAAAAACGAGACCUUUUCUUUUGAUUUUAUUUGAGUUUAUAUGGAAUCCCUCUAAAUAUAUCUUAUGAUUAAU